AUGAGUGAACAGGAGAUAAGCAACAAGGACUCUAUUGAACAGGAGAUAAGAAACAAGGAGUAUAGUGAACAGGAGAUAAGGAACAAGGAGUCCAGUGAACAGGAAAAUUGGAACAAGGACUGUAGAGAGCAGGAGAUAAGGAACAAGGAGUCUAUUGAACAUGAGAUAAGAAGAAAGGAGUAUAGUGAACAGGAGAUAAGGAACAAGGAGUCCAGUGAACAGGAGAUAAGGAACAAGGAGUCUAGUGAACCGGAGACAAGGAACAAAGAGUCUUGUAAACAGGAAAUAAGAAACAAGGAGUCAAAUAAACAGGAGAUAAGGAACAAGAAGUCCAGUGAACAGGAGAUAUUAAACAAUGAGUGUAGUAAACAGGAGAUAAGGAACAAGGAGUCUAGUGAACAGGAGACAAGGAACAAAGAGUCUAGUGAACAGGAAAUAAGAAAAAAGAGUCUAAUAAACAGGAGACAAGGAAAAACGAGUCUAGUGAACAGGAAAUAUAGAACAAAGAGUCUAGUGAACUGGAAAUAA